GCUCUGAAGUCACGCGAGAUUUCUCGGCGGGAUCUUGCUGUUUUCAACAUGGCAGGCAGCAAGUUGGUGCUAGAAGGGAGGAUAAGUAUUAUUAGCUUUAUCUCAGGACUGGGCGUCAUCGUAAUACCUUUACUUGUAAAAUUUGGCGCUCACAUUGACUGGAUAUUCGAUUACCUCACGGAUGUGAACGGGAAAAUAGCCAUUGCGGCGUAUAUCACAGUUAUCAAUGGCUUUCUGCUAAUCAUAUACAAGGGACCUUUAUACAAGGUGGCUGUUCGAGCCUGCUUUCUCGGAUUUGCCUUUGGAUGUGGUCUCAUUUUAAGUUUAGCAGAUACAACAUGGACACACUUUGGCUGGUAUAUGUGUUCGCUGUCAUUUUUUCACUACUCUGAGUACCUGGUUACUGCCAUCAUCAACCCGCGCAGUCUGUCUCUAGACUCAUUCCUGCUCAACCACAGUGUUGAGUACACAGUAGCAGCCGUUUCCUCCUGGAUAGAGUUCACUGUGGAAAAGCUCCUUAUUCCAGAGAUGAAGCAGAUGAACUGGCUCUGUCUGGUGGGUUUGGUGAUGGUUCUCUGUGGGGAGGGUUUGCGUAAAGCUGCCAUGUUGACAGCAGGAUCCAACUUCAACCACAUAGUGCAGAAUGAGAAGUCCCAGAGCCACGUGCUGGUCACCUCUGGAGUUUACGCUCUCUUCAGACAUCCUUCCUAUGUGGGCUGGUUUUACUGGAGCAUUGGCACUCAGAUAAUUCUGUGCAACCCAGUAUGUCUACUGGGAUAUACGAUCGCCAGCUGGCGCUUCUUUCGAGAGCGUAUUGAGGAAGAGGAGAUCUCGCUCAUCCAUUUCUUUGGAGAGGACUACAUUGAGUACAAGAAGAAGGUCUUCACUGGCUUGCCCUUCAUCUCAGGGAUCAGAGUUAACUCCUAAAGCUGUACUGCAUAGAACGGAGGAAAUGGCCUGAAAGUGCACACCUGGACACCUCUGAAUGGCACUCUGAGCGUGCUAGUUCCCUGGUGGCAUCAUGUGGCGCCCCCUGGGGGCGGCACAGAUAUAUGAGGUGGCAGCACAGUAAAACUGACCUGCUGAUCUGCUCUGAGACACAUUGGUCUGCUCUGAGCAGGGUGGAGCUUCCACCAUCAGAGAUACUAGUACACAAACAGCAUAUUCGUCAGCAUCUGUCUUGUCUCCUACACUUCAUCACAUUUCUGUUCUUAAUUUUUGUCCUACUCAUAUAUCUCGUAUCCUUAUAUUUACGGUCUUUGCACCAUGUAAUUUCAUACGCUGGUUUCUUUUUACUUGUCUUUCUUUCUUUAAAUUGGACUUAAGAUAUAUUUACUGCAGUGGCCAUUUAGACAUUGUCCGUUUUGUGUAAAAAUUAUUUUUUUGUCUCUCAGAAAGAUCUUUUUUUUAAGAUCAGCCAGAGCUGAUUCUCGGGCAUACACAUUUUAAAACUAAUUUCUGACAAUCUCUGAAUAUCUUGAUUUGUUAAUGCUGUUGGACAAUUUUAAUAUUAUGAUUCGAAAAAUAAAUGUGUGAUAAAUUA